CCCCACUGUAAGUGAUGCCGCACUAAGGAACACUUUCACCCAAACUCCGUUGGGGGACAGAACACUACCCAGGCUACAGUUCAUUUAUGUGUUAUUUUUUUUUGUUGCUGUAUAAUAACCUUUACAAAAAUGAAAACAGUGCUGUCAGAACUGAAGUUUUCAGACAUCGUACCAAACUGUUUAAUUUUUUGCGCGCUCUUGGAUGGAAGUUUAUGCGCUUGUUAAAAAAGCUUUAACACAUGCUCAGUGAAACGGUCUUCCAUGCAAGUGGUUUUCAGGAGAAAACAUUUUUAAAAAACACACACACGUAGGGCUAGGGCUAUUUCAUGUGAAUCAAUCAACUUGGACCAUCAGCAUCUCUCCUGCCGCCCGUAAUUGAACCACGCUUAAGUCAAGAUAUCUGAAGAGGAAUUACGUCGGCUCUUCGAGUUACAAAGUUAUUCUGCAAGCAAUGCUCUUUUUGCCUUUCGAAUGUGGACCAUAGACUUUUUUAGGACAUGGAUCAUUUUCUGUAGCGGAUAACCCUAUUGAUUUGCGUUUUAUUUGAUUCCCGCUACCCGAAGAGGAUCUUUUUCUCUCCCCUAUUCCACUUCAGUGUAAUUAUAUGGCACUUCUAAAGCAGUGAUGUCGCUACGUGACGGGAAUUGCGAUUGAUUUUACAUAUUCUGUUCGAAGGGAUAUAAGAGUUGCAUCCUUACAAGGAAAGCUCCCAUCCUCUAUGAUUAUGGACAUAUCAGGUCAGGCUCAUGUGUUGGUGGUGUUGCUCACCUGCCUGGUCAUGCUGUCCUUGGCCCAAGAGAAGGACUACACGGUGAGGGAGGAGCAGCCCGAGAAUGUCCGCAUCGGGAACCUGCGGAAGGACUUGGAUCUGAACCUUGACCCUGACUUCAAGCUGUCCUCUCCACUGCAGUUUAAGCCUGUCUACAAAACGGGCGAUGUGCCUUUGGUGAGGGUAGAGGCCAACACUGGGGAGAUCUUCACCACGGCUCAUCGCAUCGACCGCGAGAAGCUCUGCUCGGGAGUAUUCAACGAGAAGCGCUGCUUCUACGAGAUCGAGGUUGCCGUUCUGCCCGACGAGAUCUUCCGUCUGGUCAAGAUCCGGUUCCUGAUUGAGGACAUCAAUGACAACGCUCCACUCUUCCAGUCCACCGUAAUAAACAUCUCCAUCCCAGAGAACACAGCCAUCAACACCCGAUACCCCGUGCCCUCUGCAUUUGACCCAGAUGUGGGGAUCAAUGGGAUCCAACACUAUGAACUUGUCAAGAGUGUGAGUGAGUUUGGCCUGGACAUCAUCGAGACCCCGGAGGGAGACAGAUGGCCUCAGCUGAUCGUCCAGCAGAGCCUGGACCGCGAGCAGAAGGACACCUUCGUCAUGAAGAUCAAGGUGGAGGACGGAGGAACGCCACCCAAGUCCAGCACGGCCAUCCUCCAGGUCACCAUCUCCGACGUCAACGACAAUCGACCGGUCUUCAAGGACAGUGAGGUGGAGGUGAACAUCCCCGAGAACGCCCCCAUAGGAACCUCCGUCACCCAGCUCCACGCCACGGACGCAGACCUCGGCUCCAAUGCCCAGAUCCACUUCUCCUUCUCCAACCAGAUCUCCUCAUCCACCAAGAGGCAUUUUUCCAUCGACAGCACCACCGGGCUGAUCACUGUCAAGCAGCCCUUAGACCGGGAGGCCACCCCAGUCCACAAACUCAUUGUCCUAGCCAGCGAUGGCAGCUCCACCCCCUCCAGAGCUGCUGUUAUCGUCAACGUAACGGACAUUAAUGACAACGUUCCGUCCAUAGACACUCGGUACAUAAUGAACCUUGUAAAUGGAACGGUUCUACUGUCGGAGAACGCUCCUCUCAACACAAAAAUAGCCCUAAUUACAGUGACGGACAAGGACUCUGAUCUGAACGGAAAAGUGACUUGUUAUACUGACCACGAUGUUCCUUUCAGGUUAAAGCCAGUCUUUAAUGACCAGUUCCUACUGGAGACUGCGGCCCCCCUAGAUUACGAAACAACCAGGGAAUAUGCUAUUAAGAUAGUGGCGUCGGAUUCUGGGAAGCCUCCUUUGAACACUUCAGCGAUGGUUUUAAUUAAAAUUAAGGAUGAGAAUGACAACGCUCCCAUCUUCCCUCAGCCUGAGAUUCAGCUGUCCAUACCAGAAAACAAUGAUCCAUCCACGCAGCUCAUAAAGAUCAGUGCCAUGGAUGCAGACAGCGGACAUAAUGCAGAAAUUAUUUAUUCUCUUGGCCCUGACGCCCCUGAUGGGUUUAACAUAGAUCGACGGUCAGGAAUCCUUUCCGUUGGCAAACGCCUGGACAGAGAGAAGCAGGAGAAGUAUUCAUUCACUGUCAUGGCGAGAGACAAUGGGUCUACUUCCCUGCAGAGCAAUGUCACAGUGAGGUUAAUAGUGCAGGACCUCAACGACAACAGCCCAGCUUUCACCCAUCCUGAGUAUAACUUCUACGUGCCUGAGAACCUGCCUCUGUACGGGACCGUGGGUCUGAUCACCGUCACAGAUUCUGACGCAGGUGACAACUCUGUCAUAACACUGUCCAUCCUGAACGGGAAAGACAAUUUCAUUAUUGAUCCCCAGACCGGUGUGAUCAAACCCAACAUCACGUUUGAUAGAGAGCAGCAAAGCUCAUACACUUUUAUGGUGAAGGCUAUAGACGCAGGGCAACCACCCAGCACUUCAUACGCCAAGGUCACCAUAAAUGUUGUGGAUGUCAAUGACAAUCGACCCGUUUUUGUUAUUCCCUCGUCCAACUACUCUUACGAUCUGGUCCAGUCUACCACCAGCCCUGGGUCUGUGGUCACCAGGGUGUUCGCUAUAGACAAUGACACUGGCAUGAAUGCUGAGCUGCAGUACAGCAUCAUUGGGGAAUCACCAAGAGGGCUGUUUGCCAUAGACAAAACAACUGGUAAUAUAACUCUGCAGGAGAAGAUAGUCUCAGCCGAUCAGGGUUUACACAGGCUAGUGGUGAAAGUCAAAGACCUGGGCCAGCCAGAGUCCUUACACGCAAUCGCCCUCAUUCACCUGUUCAUUAACGAGACUGUAUCCAACGCUACGUUCAUUCAAGAGCAGCUACGUAAGAGCUUGGAGACUCCAUUGGACCGUAACGUGGGAAACAGUGAGGUCACAUCUCAAGCCAACGGAUACGUGAUUGUUGUCAUCGCUAUUAUAGCUGGGACUAUGACCGUCAUCUUAGUCAUCUUCGUGACAGCCUUAGUGCGCUGUCGUCAGACGCCCAGGCACAAAGUGGUGCAGAAGGGCAAGCAGAGCGGCGAGUGGGUGUCGCCCAACCAGGAGAACCGUCAAAUCAAGAAAAAAAAGAAGAAAAAGAAGAGAUCCCCUAAGAGCCUCCUCUUGAACUUUGUCAGCAUAGAAGAAUCCAAGCCUGAUGAUCCCAGCCAGGAGCACAUUAAUGGAACCCUGGACCUGCCUGUGGAGCUAGAUGAGCAGACCAUGGGGAAAUACAACUGGGCCACUACGCCGACCACCUUCAAACCUGACAGUCCAGACUUAGCCAAGCAUUACAAGUCUGCCUCCCCCCAGCCAACCUUCCAAAUUAAACCAGAGACCCCGAUGGCGCCCAAUAAACACCACGUGAUUCAGGAGCUCCCGCUAGACAACACGUUUGUGGUGGGCUGUGACUCGCACUCCAAGUGCUCCUCCACCAGCUCAGACCCGUACUCGGUCUCAGAGUGCAGCUGUCAGGGGGGAUUCAAGACUCCUGGGCAAAUCCACACCAGACAGGAGACGGCACUGAAACCACCACUCUAUGACACACUCUGUGGCUCAGGUACAACUCGCUGCCACAGGAUAAAAAUCAAUCUCUAGCUGCCAGUAACCUAGAGAGAGAAAGAGAGAGGGAGAGAGAGAGAGAGAGAGGGAGGAAGGCACAGAUGAAGAGGUAAAUCUCAUACUAUACAGUCUCUACAUCCUCAAAACACCAACCAACAAAAAGGAAUAUGUCAAUUUGGUUUAUUUAAUUUUUGUUUGCCGGAAGAAAAAAAAGUAGAACUUGAAUAAUUUUCACAGAAAUGAAGACACAUUGUUGCCUGAAACUUGACAAAACUCUCCUUUGUGAAUCCUGUAGGAGGUUUGAAAUACUUUAUAGAAAGCCACACAUUUACAGUAUCUCUUAUUAUAUCUAUCUCCGAGACGAUGACUCACGAUAUGACCCACCCCCAUGUAUAAAAAACAUACAGUACAAAUACAAUGAACAGCUCUUCUGUACUUUAUUCUGUUUCAGUAUAUGUUAAUAUGUAUUUAUGUAUAUUUAUCACAGAGUUGACUAUGUUUAUAUUUAUUGAUUCUGUUUGACUAAAGUUUACAUACCUGGUGUCUGUUGUUAUUUUGUUGUUUUUCCUUGUUUGACUAAAGUUUACAUACCUGGUGUCUGUUGUUAAGUUUUGUUUCCUUGUUUGACUCAAAUUUGACCUUCCUGGUGUCUGGUGUUAUGCUGUUUUUUUCCCUUGCUUUUUAAUCCAUUGAAUUUGCUAUUUUUGGGCUCGUGGAUAUACUGACUGGCAAUGUAUAAUGCUGCAAGCUAGACCUACUGCAAAUGGGUCUAUGUACCUUUAUGUCAAUGAUCGCCUCGUAUCGUCCCAUACACUUACAGUGCCACUGUUAGUGUUAGUAGUGGAGAGUGUGGCUAGUGUUAAUAUGCAUGGCCCACUGGGCUGGAACACCACAGCUGGUGUUAGUAGGGAAGAGUGUGGCUGGUGUUAAUAUGCAUGGCCCACUGGGCUGGAACACCACAGCUGGUGUUAGUAGGGAAGAGUGUGGCUGGUGUUAAUAUGCAUGGCCCACUGGGCUGGAACACCACAGCUGGUGUUAGUAGGGAAGAGUGUGGCUAGUGUUAAUAUGCAUGGCCCACUGGGCUGGAACACCACAUUGUGGUGAUUUACCAGGACCAGGAGGACCGUGUCUGCUGAUUGCCACCGUAGGACAGUAGGGAAUUGUACCUCAUAAUAGAGAGGAUGACUUUAAUACUUUGAGCCACAAUCACAAGGGACUCGAAAGGCUCUGUUCAUAAUCAAAAGCUGUUCUAUGUAGGACUAAACAGAUGAGCGCCAUGGUUUAACCUUCGUGUACUAGAGUCAGAUAGACAGAUUCACAGUAGAGCACCAUGGUUUAACCUUCGUGUACUAGAGUCAGAUAGACAGAUUCACAGUAGAGCACCAUGGUUUAAUCUUCGUGUACUAGAGUCAGAUAGACAGAUUCACAGUAGAGCACCAUGGUUUAACCUUCGUGUACUAGAGUCAGUUAGACAGAUUCACAGUAGAGCACCAUGGUUUAACCUUCGUGUACUAGAGUCAGAUAGACAGAUUCACAGUAGAGCACCAUGGUUUAACCUUCGUGUACUAGAGUCAGAUAGACAGAUUCACAGUAGAGCACCAUGGUUUAACCUUCGUGUACUAGAGUCAGAUAGACAGAUUCACAGUAGAGCACCAUGGUUUAACCUUCGUGUACUAGAGUCAGAUAGACAGAUUCACAGUAGAGCACCAUGGUUUAACCUUCGUGUACUAGAGUCAGAUAGACAGAUUCACAGUAGAGCACCAUGGUUUAACCUUCGUGUACUAGAGUCAGAUAGACAGAUUCACAGUAGAGCACCAUGGUUUAAUCUUCGUGUACUAGAGUCAGAUAGACAGAUUCACAGUAGAGCACCAUGGUUUAACCUUCGUGUACUAGAGUCAGUUAGACAGAUUCACAGUAGAGCACCAUGGUUUAACCUUCGUGUACUAGAGUCAGAUAGACAGAUUCACAGUAGAGCACCAUGGUUUAACCUUCGUGUACUAGAGUCAGAUAGACAGAUUCACAGUAGAGCACCAUGGUUUAACCUUCGUGUACUAGAGUCAGAUAGACAGAUUCACAGUAGAGCACCAUGGUUUAACCUUCGUGUACUAGAGUCAGAUAGACAGAUUCACAGUAGAGCACCAUGGUUUAACCUUCGUGUACUAGAGUCAGAUAGACAGAUUCACAGUAGAGCACCAUGGUUUAACCUUCGUGUACUAGAGUCAGAUAGACAGAUUCACAGUAGAGCACCAUAGUUUAACCUUCGUGUACUAGAGUCAGAUAGACAGAUUCACAGUAGAGCACCAUGGUUUAACCUUCGUGUACUAGAGUCAGAUAGACAGAUUCACAGUAGAGCACCAUGGUUUAACCUUCGUGUACUAGAGUCAGAUAGACAGAUUCACAGUAGAGCACCAUGGUUUAACCUUCGUGUACUAGAGUCAGAUAGACAGAUUCACAGUAGAGCGCCAUGGUUUAACCUUCGUGUACUAGAGUCAGAUAGACAGAUUCACAGUAGAGCGCCAUGGUUUAACCUUCGUGUACUAGAGUCAGAUAGACAGAUUCACAGUAGAGCGCCAUGGUUUAACCUUCGUGUACUAGAGUCAGAUAGACAGAUUCACAGUAGAGCGCCAUGGUUUAACCUUCGUGUACUAGAGUCAGAUACACAGAUUCACAGUAGAGCGCCAUGGUUUAACCUUCGUGUACUAGAGUCAGAUACACAGAUUCACAGUAGAGCACCAUGGUUUAACCUUCGUGUACUAGAGUCAGAUACACAGAUUCACAGUAGAGCGCCAUGGUUUAACCUUCGUGUACUAGAGUCAGACAGACAGAUCCCACAAGUCAAAGCCGAUUUAACCUGUGAGAUAUAAUAUUACAUAUUUCAAAUGAUGGUUCCAAGUGGUAAAACUCAGGCAGUUCGUUGAUACCACUUGGUUGGUUUAAAGCAACAACAACAAAAAAGACAAACUUGAUUUUGUGCACUUAUUUAUAUCAAUGCAUUAUUUAUUCAAGUGAAAUUAAGAGAGAUAAACAUUAAACACCUACAAUGAGAAGUGGUCGUACAAGCAGCAUUCAGCAGGUUUAAAUUUAUUAACAUCACUAAGGUGAAGACAGAAUAAUCUUUACAAUCCACUUUCAAUAUUAUACGCCUUUUGGUUCUGGUUUGGUAUCCACACAAAUAUAUGCCUCUACUGCAUUGUGUAAACACUUGGAGUCAUUCAUCGUGGUUAUGUCCUGAUCUUAAUUACUAUCUUCAAUACUACACUAAUAAACAGCUUGGUGGGUUAGCACUGUUGUUAAUAGUCAUGAUGUUUAAUGGUUGUCUUAUAAAGAGACUGCUUUGGUAGACGAAGCUGUAUGUACAGUAUGUGUGGCACAUAUACGAUACCUUCCUAAUGAUCCAACUCGUUUCUGGAGAAGGUACCGGAUGUAAUUACGGUAUCAAAUGUAUUACUACUGAGUAGAACCGCAGUGUGAACUAUACAGAGCAUCUUAGCACUGUAAUCAUCAUGUGAUUUAACUGAUCUUUGGGAGAAAAGAGAAAAAACAUACAUGAGAGAAGACAGCUUUUUAUCUUCUGUAAGGGAGACAGAUAACUAUGAAAUACCAACCUCACUUUUAUUCAAUGUGAAGUACAAUAUGCUUCUUACAUACUCUGUAAUUAACUUUGAUUUGCCAAUUAUGUGAAGAAAAACUGUAUAUAAAUGUUUUGUUUAUGUAUGUGUGAGCUUCUGGAAUUUAUUAAAGUCUUUUUUGCAUUGUA